AUGUCGAGCGUUCGUUCUGGAUCAUUGAGAAUACGCAGUGCGAAUCGCGGCAAAAUAGCCGGCGCAGCUCUACAACGGCAAAAAGUAACUACUCAGGAGCCACCAAAAAGUCCAGCUGUAAAAAAACGAAAGAAACCCGAGGCAGAGGCACCACCCAAACGUGCUGUUCGACGAAAGACCGAAAAGAAAUCACAGUCGGAAAAGGAUAUCGAAGAUGCAAAGAAUAAUGAUUAUUGUGAUGCCUGUGGUGGCCUGGGUCGAUUUUUGUGUUGUGAUGCUUGCCCAAAGGCGUUUCAUUUCACGUGUAUGGAACCACCAAUGGAGGAAGAGGAAGUCGAAAGGAUCGAGGGUCAAUGGUUUUGUAAUGAGUGUCAAAACAAGCAAGACAACAACACUAUCAGCGAUAGCGAUAGCGGUAGUGGUAGUGGUAGUGGUAGCGGUAGUGGUAGUGGUAGCGGUAGUAUUACUAUAAGUGAUAAAAGAUCAUCUGAAAGAUAUCGAAAAAAUGGAUUAUUCGAAGCACUUUUACAAGAUCUCAAAGGCAGAAACCCAAAGGCAUUCAGUCUUCCCAAAGAGAUCCGUACUUUCUUUACGGGAGGGGAAUAUGUUGAUUCAACCACUGUCAAAGCAGUUCGAUAUAGGAAUGGCCAAAGAGAAGAACCUGAUUACAGACAAUUGAAAGACAAGAAUGGCAAGUUUAUAGUUUGCUACAAAUGCCGCAAGACAGCUGUAUCAGCACCGAUUGUUGGAUGCGAUUACUGUCCUCUUUAUUGGCAUAUGGAUUGUCUUGAUCCUCCGAUGUGUAUCCCACCAAAUAUAUCCAGGAAAUGGAUGUGUCCAAAUCAUGCUGAGCAUCCCAAGCGAAGGAUACAGCGACGCCCACUAAUCAUAGAGCCUAAAUUCCCUCAAAGUACCAAUAACGGAGAUAUUGAAAUUGUCAGUGAUGAUUCAACAGAUUCAAUCGACACUCUUGAUGAUAUGGACAGCUUUGAUCAACUAGCAUCUUGUGGAGGAGUUGUCUACAGAUUACCAGCAAAGGCAAUACAAACCGAUUUUAUGGAGUAUGCAAAGAGUUUAAGGCAUGCUCAUCAACGAUCAACAACCGCAGAAACCCUUUCAAAGGCAACCUCGCCUCUUUCUCAUCCAAGCCCAGAACCUUUUUUACCAUCUCCGCAAACUCUUGAUGGGUCCCAGGAUCCCACUGAUAAAGCAACUGAAGGAGAAGCCAAAGAGUGGUUAGAAAGUCUGUUAUUUUUCCAAACAAGUGGUGAAGAAUAUCAAAAACACAACAACGAUCAUGACCAUGACCAUGACCACGACCAGAAAAAUGACCUUAGCCAUGACCAUGAUUUCAACUACCAACAACCAGAACAAGGGAUGGAUGAAAGUAGUGAACAGAAUACAAAUGUUGAUCAAGUUGGUCUACACGCACUAUUACAUGCAAUAUUUCAUGACAAGUAUGACAAGCAAGACGAUACACCAAAAUCCAAGAGACGGAAAGUGGAAAUUGAUCAAGACCGAUAUGAAAAGUGCCUGAGGAUUGAAGAGCUCUUGAGACGCAAAGGAGAAGAAGCCUUGAUGAAGAUACUCACAACCACAGACUGA